UCGGCGUUUGCCAAGGCCUUGGUCGGGAAACGGUAUAUAAGGAGUCGGACGCACUGCCGGAGUCACAUCGCCCUGUUCCGUCUCACCAAUCCUGCAGAGAUGAAGUACUUGGUGUUUGUGCUCCUGGUGGCUGCCGCUUGCGCUUCUGAGGUGGAGAAGCGAGAGGCGGAGCCAAGUCGUGCCUACAGCUAUGGCUACGGUCUCCACCACCACGCCUACUACCCACGCCCCUACUACUACCCCUACCGCCCCUCCUACCACCACCACCACAAGAGGUCCGCUGAGCCUGAGGCCGAAGCAGAGCCCUCUUACGGUUCCUACCACUACCGAAGCUACUACCGCCCCUAUUCCUAUUCCUACCACCCACGCCACUACACUCCCUCCGUCCACUACCACCACAAGAGGUCCGCUGACCCCGUAGCUGAGGCUGAGCCUGGAUACAGGUCCUACCAGCCAGUGUACCCUCGCUACUACCACUCCUACCACCCACACUCAUACCACUACUCCCCCUACACUCACAGCCACCACAAGAGGUCUGCCGAGCCAGAGGCUGAUCCUGGUUUCAGCUACGCCCACCACCGCCAGUCCACAUACCAUCCCUACCACUACCAUGGAGCUCACUAUGGUUAUGGCUACCACAUUAGCCACCACUAAGGCACUGGGAGUUUAUUUGACCUGAAUUCGCCAAAAGAAUUUUAUUUUGAAAAGUAAAAUCAGUAAUAAAUUAUCCUAAAUGAA